ACCCGGGCUUCUCGUCGAGAAGAUGGUGUCAAUUGCGUUUAAGGACCAGUUGAUUACGUCCAUGGUUUUUAGUUCGAAGAGCGAUGCGGAGAGAGUCUCACAAGUAUAGAGACAGACAAGACAUGACGAGAGAGCCAAGCAGCGAGGGGAAGGUCAUGGGGAGGAGAGGGGGAGAAAAGUGCGACCGCCUCCGUCGAGAGCCAAAUCCGAACAACACUGUGAGUGUAAGUGCGUUUCCAGUCGCAGCUUUGUGUAAAUAGUUCGCAGGCACAACUUCUCCACCACAGCACUCGGGCUUCUCCAGUGACGAGGUCAUCAUGGGUCGUGGUGGGUCUAGCCUCACGGCAGCUGCGCUCCUGCUCGUCUCUGCUCUGGCAGCGUGCGCGUUCAUCAACCACGUGACCCCGCUGCUGAGAUCGGGCUGUGCAACAAACGCGCACGAAAGACUCGGUGAUAAUCCAACAAAACGGCGGGAUAAUACAGCGGAAACGAGCUCGAAAGAGAUCGAUAUUCCCAGAGAUGACGCAUGCGCCAUGGCCCCAGAGAGCCGGUUUGAUUGUGCCAGGGACAGGCUUCUGAGCCGGAGGGGGUGUGAAGAGAGGGGAUGCUGCUACGCCCCUCUGCCUCACUCUGCAGGACCACCUUGGUGCUUCUACCCCAGUCGGUACCCUGGCUACAGAAUGGGUCCCCUCACGCCCACCGUGCGAGGCCAGGAGGCCACCCUGACCCGGGCCGCCCCCCCACGUCUCCCCAGAGAGAUCUCCCCUGUCCACCUAGAGGCCACAGGGGAGACUGCAGGGUCCGUGUACGUAAUGUUAGUUUGUUUUUUCGUUUCAUUCCAAAUACGGAAUACGGAAAUCACGUGGUUUUUUCGUUUUCCGUUUGAAAACCAAAAGGGGGAAACCGGAAUACCACCUCCGUAUUUCGUUUCUGCUGUCUGAAACCAAAAACGACAGAACGGAAAUGCUUAAAAUGAAGUCAAAAUAAAAGCCAGUGAUACAUAUUCGUAUUGACCUUAGAAGAAUAUUAAUUAGUCAAUAUAAAGAAUAAAGAAUUAAACGGGGAUAUGUUAGCGACAGUGGUGACGACGGGAAGUUUAAUAUUCAUGUAGCCUACACAGCAAGAAUCACCUUCUCACUUCAUCGUUGCAUUGUUUGAUGCAACACAGUUAAUCAACAUGUAAUUAAAUAACUAUUUCACACUUUCAUUAAUUAUUCAGAAUGGUUAACUGAAGAUAUUGAAAUGUGUGAAAGUAAGUUAGUCUGGGGGGGCGGGGAAAAUAUUUGUUUAUCAAGAAUCUGAAAAUGUCUAUUUUGCAAUGACAGAAUCACAGAAUCGAGAGAAUCUGGCCAGAAAUCAACAACCGGGUUAACUACCCGUUGAAAGCUGCAUUGGUCCAACUGGUGGAUCAGGAGGAGCUGGACAUGGAGGACCAGAUGACUCGGUUCUGUGUGUCAUCUUUGACAUGCCAGUUGGCCCAGAUCAGUGUUAACCGAACUGUGCAAGCAUGGAAUGCACACAGGAUUCCUGGGAGGGGGAUACCAAAUUACUUGGCCAGAGAUGGAUGCCCAAAUAAGCUGUCGACAGACCUUUUGCCAAAUGCAUCUGUGGCUGCAGACUGGUACGACCAGGAAGUGGGCUCACUGACAGAGUGUCAGACUUUGGCACCAACCCAUUUCAAAGGUCACAGGACCAGGAAGCUGCAGUGAGGGGAUUUGCUCUGCAGUGCCCUGAUACAAGUGUACUGCUGGACAAUGCAGUGAAUAAUCUGCCACAACCGUUCAAACAUGGACUCAAAGGCCUCAUCGACAUCUCAAGGAGAAUUUGUCAACGCUGAUGUUUUUUUGUGUGUCUAAGUUGUUAUUGUCUGUGCUUUUAAAUUAAUUGGUUCAAAUGUUGGGGGUUUAAAGGGAGAAAUAUGUUAU